CUGAUACAUGAGAUCCUAUACGUAAGUUGUGACCUCUGUGUUUUGAUUGGUUGCUAUUGACAUAAUCAAAUCGACCUUAGCGCGGGGACAACAAAAGAGUCCUGCAGUGUAUAAAUAAGCCGGCGCGUGGCUACGGCCGGCACUCGCAAAUCAGAACCCUUAGCAGACACGUCGCGAGGUACCGAAACCCACAUCGCACGCACCAUGUCAUCCAGUCGGGACAUUGAGCUGGGCUCACCGAAGUCCUCCAACCAGGUGUCCCCGGGCUCCCCGCCGGAGUACAACAACUCUCCCCCGCCGGACUACGGCUCGUGGUUCGAGGAGCUGAAGAAGACCAGGGAGGACACAGACGACAACGUGUCCUUCGGGAAGAGGUUCUGCUCCGUGAUCGUGGGGAGCAUCGGCUGCACGAUCGGCCUGGGAUUCAUGAUCGGGAUCCCCGUCAGUCAGAUCGUGAUCGGAUUCCUGUUUCUGAACCAGUGCACGAUCCAGCGCAUGAUCCCCAUCUUCCUGGUCGUCUGGGGAAGCUUCGGCGUCUUCAAGACCCUCAUCUCCACCGGGGAGAGAGUUCGCAACCACCUCCGCAAGAACCAGGGAGAGGACGACAAGGAGAAGAACGCCAAGCCCAACCCGCUAGACGGGCUCGUCAGCAUCUUCCUCUUCGCCUGGUUCAUCGCGGGAAACUACUGGAUCUUCUCCGUCUACACCACCGUGAACAUGAUCGACCCGACCAGCGCCCUGUACUGCCACUCCACCCUGUACCUGUUCGCCUUCUGGAUGACCAUAGCGAUGUACAUCCUGGUGGGAGCCGCCAUCCUCAUAGCCUGCUGCUGCUGUUUUGUCUGCUGCUGCUGCUGCGGGAAAAAGGACGGCGCUGACCUCGAGAAAUAGACUUCAGAACGGACACUGUAGCAAGUAUAUCUUUCACUAUACACACUGUGCACUGUUGUACGCGUAACCCGCAAUUGUAUACUGUUCAUCGCCUCUUUUCUAACAUUGGGAAGCUAUGUUCCAUGCAUUAUUCCCACUAAGUAGAAAAGUACUGCCCUAGGACGCGUUGCCUAGGCGACACCUUCCAUAGUUUAUUUUACUAUCAAUUAUUCAUCCAGAGAAUCGGGUUAGCAAAUAGUAGGGACAUAUUUGUAUGCCUUAAAGGCCCAGUUGACCAUUCCAAAGGUAUAGUGAUUAGUUUGACAGUUUAUGUUAUGUAACUCUCAGGUUAAUGUUAUACAGGUACAUACAGAGUAGGUGUUGUUAAAGGUAUUACGGGUGGAUCUAAAGCCUUCCGCUGAAAUUGAUACAUCUGUGCAGUUCAUAAAAUAAGUUUUUAACCACGAUUAUGAAACGUUACAUGACCAGUGAAAAGUAUUGUAAGAAAAGCGCGUGUGACAUUGAUACUUCGAAAGAACAAGACUGUUAUCCUCAAGUAUGAUAGCGGUACACAACUGGUACAUUUUUGUUUGGUAACCACUAACCCAAAUCUAUGAAAUUCACAAUUCCUGUAUUAUGAAUUCAUUCACACUUCUAUUUUGCAUUAAGGAUUUUUAUCAAUCCC